AUGAGCAGAGCAAGAAGUUCUAAAAAUAAAGGCAAUGGUGCCUCUGGCGAUUCAAGCUCUGGCACAGUUGACUCUAUUCCAUUCACAACCAAUGACUGCAUGGAACCCCGAAAGAUAAUUGACCUUUUUGAGGUUCGUUUUCAACUGAUUUUAGAUUCUCCUGAGUUACUAGAACAUAUUCAAGUUGUAAAGGGGCAUCUCUACAAUCGAGAUUAUUUAGCUGCCUUUGAUGAUGACAAUAAAAGGUUUGCAUAUGCCGCACGAUGGACUCCAGCCAGAGCUUUAGCAUAUACCUCGCUUUUUGCAUCUUUGGAUCCAGUACGUGAUUUGUUGAAAGAUCCAGAGAGCAAAAAAUCAGUGCUAUGUGUUGGUGGUGGCGCUUCAUCAGAAUUAGUUGCAUUGGGUGCUGUUUAUUGUAGACUCAAAGAAUAUUGUUCAGGAUCCGCAUCUGAAUUAAAUAUACAAUUAAUUGAUAUUGCCAAUUGGAAAACCGUGGUGGAAUCACUAACUUCAUAUAUGAAGGAGAAUUGGAUCUAUCGUCCCGAGAAACUUACUGCCAAUUUCAUAUGUGAUGAUGUGCUAACAGUUUCAAAAGAGUCACUUACUCUUGAGACAUUGGAUUUGGUCACUCUUUUAUUCACAACCAAUGAAUUGUUUGCUGAAAAGAGGAAGGAAACUAUUAGGUUUCUUCAAAAUUUGAAUAAAUACUGUAAACCAGGUUGUUUGCUUUUAAUAGCCGAAAGUGCAGGUUCUUAUUCACAUAUUACCAUUGGAGAAAGAAGGUUCCCAAUUCAAUUUUUAAUCGAUACAAUCUUAGUAGGUAAAUCAGGAGAAGACAAUGGAGCAUGGGAAACUAUUCAAAAAAGUGAAAGUUGUUGGUAUAGAAUAGAAUCAAAACAAGUUGAUUACCCUAUGAAGUUGGAAAAUAUGAGAUUCUUUUAUAGACUUUACAGGAAAAAGUAG